UAAAACAGUACUUCUAAAUCUUUGCACAUUUUGAACAGAGUCACUUGGGGUUGACAAAUCUUGCUGUCAAAUGGGACCUCAUCCUUCUUAGCACCUGCAGUCAAAACUCAGUCUGUGAUCAAACAAAUGGACGCGAUAGUUCAGACAUCAACUCUAACAAGACCUCAAAUUCAUGACUGCUCUGAAAUCUGCUGUGUAAUUUUAGUUUCUGCAUUUUUAAUGUCUGUGAAAUUUGUUUCUGCUGCUGACCGUGACUUUGUUUUGUUGAAACAUCUUGAGCACUGAGAAGCACGAGUUGAGGAAGAGAGGUGAACAUGAUGGUUAGAAGGGGGGAACUGUGGAACCAGAAACAGAAGGCAUGAGGUUGGAGUCUGUGCAGUCGGAAGUGCCUGAGAUGUCAUGAAGGACUGAGCCAAAAGACAAAGAGAAGUGGAAGGUAAUACUGUGGAGUUUGAAGCUGCAUUUGAAGAGUUGGUGACAUGGAGAGCGGGCUUUGUGUGCUAAAGGCAGCACUAGGAGGGACUGUGCCACUGUGUCUUCAGAGGUGUGGUGAGGCUAUGGAGGUCAGAUGGACCCUCCUCCAGAAAAGGCUGUGUGAAGCAGUAGGGACUGAACUGGAGGCUGGGGAUCAGAAGAGUGAUGGAUGUGUCAAAGCAAAUUUGACAUGUUUGACAAUGUGCCCUUGGAGAACAAGAAGCUGUGCAGAGGGAAGUUGUGAAAUGAGCAGCAGGUGUUAUGGAAGAGGACCGACAAUUUCUCAACCUGUGCUCCCCAGAGCAGUAGUAAGGCAUUUUCUGCAUGGCCUGAAAGUGCAGCAUUUUGAGGAUUCAGAUGGGAAACGAAGCGUUGGUGCAGAAGGCUAAGCGUAAUUUUGGAUGGUCAGUUCUUGCUUUCAUAGUUUGUUCAAGUCGAUGAAGAAGGGAGAAGUGGUAAAAAAAAUCAUUUCCAAAGCCAUGACAGUAACAGGUUCUGUGCAGAGGGAAAGGGGAAGAAGUUCAGAUCUAAGUGACCACACACAACUAACUAGAUGUUUCCCCAGCAGAGUGAUUGGCUGGUUCUUAGCACACUGAACAUACUGUGGCUUUUUAAGUGGUGUUGAAAUAGCCCAGCACUACAGUGCAGACAUGAGCAGUAAAACAAGUGUUUUAUCUGGACCUCAUGCCACAGAAUAUGAUUUAUAAUUUUCCCUGGCAUAUCCACACAAGGCAGCUGAAAAUCAGUCACUGAAGUUCCAAAGAAUCCACAAAAAGGUCUGUCACACAAUAUGAGUGCUUCGACCACACCAUUCUUCCCCUCAGAUGCAAACAGCCAGGCUCAGGGAGCUAACUACAGCAGUGCUGCAGGAAAGUCAGAGCCAUCUUACGCCGUUCUCAAGUUCAUGGAGAGCUUCUGCCUCAUCAGUGCCACCUGUGGGAUGGUGGGAAAUGGCAUGGUUCUGUGGUACCUUGGCUUCUGCAUCCGCAGAAACCACUUCACUGUCUACAUCCUAAACCUAGCUGCUGCUGACUUUGGCUAUCUCCUCUGCAUCGCCAUUGAGACCGUCCAGUACCUGAUGCAGUUCAACGUAGGUGUACAGUUUGGGAUAUUCCUCUUCCUGGAUCUUUUCAUGUAUGGGACUGGUUUAUACCUCCUGACAGCCAUCAGCAUUGAAAGGUGCCUCUCCGUCCUCUGCCCAAUCUGGUACCGAAGCCACCGCCCAAAGCACUUGUCUGCCAUCAUCUCUGGCCUUCUCUGGGGCCUGUCUCUGCUACUGAACAUGGUUGGCUAUAUUCUGUGCUCCAUCCACCCCUCUGGCAGCUGCCAGUUGCUGCUUAUUGCCAUUGGCGUCUUGGAUUUCCUGGUCUGCACACCCCUCAUGCUGUUCUUCAGCCUAACCCUCUUCCUCAGAGUCAAGUGCAGCUCCCAGACCUUCCGAACAGGACGGCUCUUCACUGUCAUCAUGCUCACCGUGCUCUUCUUCCUCAUUUUCGCUGUGCCUCUCAGCAUCCUCAUCCUCCUUGACUUCUUGGGCUACAAAUUCCUCUACUCACCCGAGAUCGGCUUUGUGCUUUCCUGUGUGAACAGCAGUCUCAACCCUGUCAUUUACUUCCUUGUGGGGAGGUACAGGGACCGGAGAAUCAAGUUCACCCUCAAGCUGGCAUUUCAGAGGGUCUUUGAAGAUUCAGCGGAUGACAAAGAGGAACGGGAUACCCGAGACACGAUAACUAUGUCCUCCUAAUAUCCUUCAGUGUCUGUUCAGUAGCGGUGCUCUGAAGGUGGGAGGUGGGUGUUCACAGAGCUGAAGAACUCUGGGGUACUGCGGGUACUCAAUAAAGCUCUGUUUUUCAGAACAUUAA